CUAAGACUGUGCUUCUCCAAAACCAAGAGAGCAGAGAGAAGAAACGAGAGCGGCUGUUCAGAAAGGAAUGACCAUUUGCAGACCUGCUCAUUGUGUCCACUUUCUUACGGAGUUUUACGUCGUCAAGGGGACCACGUCACAAUGCUGAAAUUAGGAGAGAUCAAACGUGAGGAUGUGGUGUCUGCAAGCUGCAGUACCUCUGCCAACACAUCUCACAGGUCAACACAGAAAAAUACAGGACAGGAGGAAUCUGACGAAUGCUCAGAUUGUGGAAAGCAUGAAAUCCAAGGACACCAACAGUUUCACACAGGAACAAAACCAUAUCACUGCUCAGAGUGUGGGAAGAGGUUUACUAGACAGAGCAACCUCCAAACUCACCAGCGCAUUCACACAGGAGAGAAACCCUAUCAGUGCUCAGACUGUGGAAGGAGCUUUAACCAACACAAUUCUCUCCAGCAACACCAGCGCAUUCACACUGGGGAAAAACCCUAUCGCUGUUCAGAGUGUGGGAAGAGUUUUAAUCAAUUGGGUAAUCUCCAGAUACACCAGCGCAUCCAUACAGGAGAGAAACCGUAUCAGUGCUCAGACUGUGGGAAGAGUUUUACUGUACAGAGUUCUCUCCAACGUCACCAGCGCAUUCACACGGGAGAGAAACCGUAUUACUGCUCAGACUGUGGACAGAGUUUUAGAGAGAGUGGUACCCUCAAAGCACACCAGCGCAUUCACACAGGAGAAAAACCAUAUGACUGCUUAGACUGUGGGAAGAGUUUUACUAGACAGAGUGACCUCCAGGUUCACCAGCGCAUUCACACAGGAGAAAAACCGUAUUACUGCUCGGACUGUGGGAAGAGCUUUAGAGAGAGCGGUGCCCUCAAAACACACCAGCGCAUUCACACGGGAGAAAAACCGUAUCACUGCUCACAGUGCGGACAGAGCUUUGCUAUACAGAAUCAUCUCCAAAUUCACCAGCGCGUCCACACAGGAGAGAAACCGUAUCACUGCUCGGACUGUGGCAAGAGCUUUGCUGUACAGAGUAAUCUCCAGCGGCACCAGCGCAUCCACACUGGAGAGAAACCCUAUCACUGCUCAGAAUGUGGGAAGAGUUUUAGGGAAAGUGGUACCCUCAAAACACACCAGCGCAUUCACAAGGGAGAGAAACCGUAUUACUGCCCAGACUGUGAAAUGAGUUUUACUGACCGAUGUGCUCUUUUAAUGCACCAGUGCGUUCACACAGGACAAGGACAAAUUCACCAGUGCUCAGAGUGUGGACAGAGUUUUACUAGACAGAGUCAUCUCCAAAUUCACCAGCGCAUUCACACCGGAGAGAGGCCGUAUCCCUGCUCGGAGUGUGGACAGAGCUUUAUUAGACAGAGCAAUCUCCAAAUACAUCAGCGCAGUCACACGGGAGAGAAGCCGUAUUACUGCUCCGAGUGUGGACAGAGCUUUUCUGUGCAGAGUUCUCUCUAUCGACACCAGCGCGUUCACACGGGAGAGAAACCGUAUCAGUGCUCGGAGUGCGGACAGAGCUUUACUAGACAGGGUUAUCUCCAAACCCACCAGCGCAUCCACACGGGAGAGAAACCGUUUCACUGCUCAGAGUGUGGGAAGAGCUUCAGAGAGAGUAUUGCCCUGAGAAAACACCAGCGCAUUCACACGGGGGAAAAACCAUAUAACUGCUUAAGGUGUGGGAAGAGUUUUACUAGACAGAGUGACCUCCAGGUUCACCAGCGCAUUCACACGGGAGAGAAACCGUAUUACUGCUCGGACUGUGGGAAGAGCUUCAGAGAGAGCGGUGCCUUCAGUGCACACAAGCGCAUUCAUACGGGAGAGAAACCGUAUUACUGCUCAGAGUGUGGGAAGAACUUCAGGGAGAGUCGUGCGCUCCGAAUACACCAGCGCAUUCACACGGGGGAGAAACCGUAUAAAUGCGUGGAGUGUGACAUGAGUUUCAAUAGACUCAAUCAUCUUAACAAACACCUGCACAUUCAUGCAGGAGAACAGCCAUAACACUGUACGGUGGGAGCUUUAGGCAUUUGAAUUUAUAGAUGCACAAAGGCUUCCAGAACGUAAAAUAGUCUUCCAGUGAUGGGAGAUGUCCUGGAUCUCCGGAAUAUACACUCAAGAGCAUGUAAAUACUAAACUUCACAAAAAAAACUAUAUGAUGGUGAAAACCUCAUAUAUAACCCACAUAUACCCUGUACUGUUUAUCAGUAGUAAUCAUCAUAAUAUCUAACUGAAAAUUAGGAAGAUGUAACUAGAAAUUAAGAAAAAUGCUCAUUUUAAAUAACAUUUGGUUGAGACUUUAUUGAUGCCAUAGGCGAGAUAAGGUAAUAAAACAUUUUUUGGCUGAAUGGAAAAA